UACAACGCAACUAGAGAAUGAUCUGACUGAGAGACCCUGGCUAAUACUUUCUAAUAAUUCAUUCAGGAAAGAUGGAGAGUUAUCACUGUUUCUUACUGCUUUGCUCCCUGGUCUUUGCGCUGUCUUUUGCAGAGGAGACAAAGUUUGAGAAGGAGAUCGACCUUACAGAGUUUAUUAGAAGGAUUUCUUCCUCUGGACUACUGGUUAGGGAUCAGCCUCUAGCUAUCAACAGAGACCUUCGCCUUGAAACAAACUCACCGGAGGAGCUUGGAGAUCCAGAGGAUUCCAUUCCCAUCUGGACUGAUGAGGAACCAGUCAUCCAGAAUAAACUGAACACUGGGACUACCAUCCCUGAUAUUCCUGACUAUGGACCCAUAGUGUUGACCAACAAUGGGGUGAUCAAGGGACUCACAGUGGAAAAGUCCCACAUAUUUUAUGGGAUCCCGUACGCGGACCCACCUGUGGCCACGUACCGCUGGAAGCCCCCCAGACCGGUGACCCCGUGGCCGGGGAUGCACGAUGCCACGUACCCGAGGGACGCGUGUAUGCAAGGCUGCAGUAGCCCUAUAUCUGACGAGUGCCCUCAGAAGGUGAGUGAGAACUGCCUCUACCUCAACAUAUUUGUACCUCUGGAUGUGAACUUCAGUUCCCCUGUACUGACAACCCUGCCAGUGAUGGUGUGGAUCCACGGGGGGGAUUUCAUUGCUGGCUCAGCCUCCAAGCCCCUGUACGAUGGGAGGUUCAUCAGUAACUUCACUCACACUGUGGUGGUGAGCAUGGAGUAUCGGCUAGGGGCGUUUGGUUUCCUCGUCUCGGGAUUAGACCCCAAAACCUCAGCAACCGGGAAUUAUGGGAUCCUGGAUCAGCAGGUUGCUCUUCUCUGGGUUCAACAAAACAUUGCUCUGUUCGGAGGCGACCCCAGCAAGGUGACCAUAUUUGGGGAGAGUGCAGGAGCCCAGUCAGUGAGCGUCCAUCUGAUGGUCCAGAGCAGUAAGCCCCUGUUCAAACAGGCUGUGUUCCAGAGCCUACCCUUCUCCAUCCCUCUCAAGAGCAGACAUGAUGCCCUGAAGCUGGGGAGGGACUUUGCCAGACAGGCCAACUGCUCUGUGAGCGACAUCGUGUGCCUGCUGUCCCUCAGUCCUCAGGCUGUCCUCGCUGCCCAGAUGAAGUCAAGUUCCAAAGUGGUGAAUCCCUUCAAGUUCCUGGAGAUCUUUGAGACCUGGGGGCCCUACAUAGAUGGAGAGCUGAUCAAGGAGCAGGCUGUGACUGCCUUCCAGAAGGGCCACUGGCAGAAGGAGAAACCAGUCCUCCUUGGGACCACUUCAGAGGAGGGGGUGAUCUUUGUGUACGGGGUCUUCACCAAGCCUGUGUCUGCGGUGGAGUGCAUCGUCUACACCGCGGCCAUCUUCAAACAGCACGCCCUCAGGAUCCUACGCAAGUACCUGCCCCUGUACAGGGACGUUGACCGACGGGACAUGCUGGCCCAGAUUGUGACAGACUACGUCUUCCUUUGCCCCUCCCGCAAGGCAGCCCGGGCGGGCACCAAAGUGGGCAGUGCCGUGUGGAUGUACGUCUUCGACCAUGUGAUUUCGGACCACAGUGUGUGGUCCGGUCUGUCCUUCUGCUACGAGCAUGUGUGUCACGGCGCUGAGCUGCCCUUCCUCUUCGACACGGCCUCCGUGGCCAACUUCACGCUGGCCCCACCCGAGCGGCUGCUGUCCAAUCGGAUGCUGUGUUACUGGGGGACAUUCGCCCACACCGGGGACCCGGCCUCACGGAUGCGACAGAGCGGCUUCUGUAGACAGCAGCGCCUGCCGGCCUGGCCCCGCUACUCGGACACCAGCUCCUGGUUGGUCAUGAACUUCACUGUCCGCUCCCAUGCCCAGGUGGGCACCAGGGACCAUAUCUGUGACUUCUGGGACAAGCUGGGCAUCUAUUAGGGCAUAGGGGUGGGCAUGGGGCGGGCAAAGGUGUUGGUAUUGGUUAUGUAUGCAUACAUAGUGUGUUAUGUCACAUUUGGCAAUUCACCCUACAGUGGGAAUGGUUGUCACCCUGUACACACCAUUUAUAUAGUAUGACUUACACUUAGAGAGGAUUUGUGAAGCACUUAUGUAGUCCUUAUGAAGCCUUUAUGUAUGCUAUAUAAAGCCUUUAUGAGGUGUACUUUGUUUAAAGUGGGACCAAAGCUGA